AUGCAGCUCAAGAACACCGCCCUCCUCAUCCUCGCAAGCGCCUUCGUCGUCUUGGCCAGUCUUCCUCGCACCUUUGAGCUCCUCGCCUUUAAAGAUGAAGUUCAAGUCGGAUGUGUCAACAACCGUGGAAAUUUCAUAACCAACCACUUGUACUGCAUCCCCUUCAACUCCAACGUGACCGUUGAUCCCACCACAAUCACGGCCUACAAUAAGUGUAGCUGUGCUGAUGGCAUGCUCAACUGCUACAACCCUCAGGGUGCUCCUUCUCUGUUCACGAAAUCUGGUGCUGAUAUGUCGCUCGAUGGCUUUGGUACUGCGUUCUCGGUGGACUCUUGGCCUGUUUCCACAGAUGAAAUCAUUGGAGUUCCAUUGAAGGUUGGCAUUGGUAUGAAUGGCACAAUUAUACUCCAGGUCAAGGCAGUCUCGGGGUAA